GUUACGACGCAACAGAUUGGCAUUAACUGAGAUAAACGUGCUUUGGUACUCGUUUAAUUAUCUGGGCGGCAGCUUUGACCAGAUUGUGAAUGUAGACAAAGAAGUGCUUUCCUUUUAAAGGUGAGUUAUUUAAGGCAAAUCUGCAUGUAUCAAAGAGACCGAUGAAAACUCGAAAUCGACCUUGAAGGUUCUGUUGUGGUUUAAUUGUAACUUGGCCGCCAGAUGGAAUCUGUAGUCAGAUAUUUCAAACAUCUUUUUACAACACGGAUGUUAUACAUAUUCAAUUGGCUGCUUUUCGAUUAAUCGGCGAAGUUCCAUCUCGUAGCAAAUUUGUUUUGUAUUAGAAUGAUUCGUAUCAAACUACUACUAAAUACGAUGUCUUCGAAGGUUUGUGCGUGAGUGCUAGACGAAAGCUAUUUUUAGAUCUAAUGCCUCGGACAUAUGGCCUUAAUUUCAGUUACUUAUAAAUUUCCUCCAUCCGCUCUAAAUGCAACAAGGAAAGAAACAGAGAAAGCGAAGAAAAAAAAAGUGAACAAAAAUUAAAGAAAAGAAGGAACGGGGACAUUCAGGUGAAGGGAAUAACACUGAAAUGCAAGAGAUAUAUCACUUUACUCUAAUGUAGAAUUAUGCUCACCCGACCGCUACUGGCAACAGUCCUUUCAGGACUCUUUUCACAGGGAGGGUUAGACUACGCGAUCAAAUGCUACUCUUAAGUUCAAGUAUGCACUGUUUUUAAUGCAUCUUUCACUAUAUUGAGUCAUUCCUGCCAAUGGAUUUCCUUUGAAUUCCUACAAAUUGAUCUCUCAGAGACAUAGGGUCACGCAAUCCUCGCUUACGAGCAAAUUUUUUUCUUAGAAAAAAUCGCACACAUCACCUUAAACUGUAAAAGAACUUAAAAGACGAGUAGGAAAGUCAAUCUAGAGAGGUAGUAAUCGGCAGCAAUGAAUAACAAAUAUUAACACUGGCUCUUCAGAUCUGAAAGCUAAUUUGCAAGAUAACUACACGAAGUUCUUCCUGUUGGCUAGUCCUGUCCUGAAAAUCUGGCGAUUAAUUCAGUCGAUAUUCGCUAUUUGAUAAUUUUUUAAAUUCUUGCUACCUUUAUGUUGGAUAGCGUAUUAGCUUUUGAGGAGAAUUUAACAUUUGAUCGAUCAGCAAAAAAAGAAACGAAACCCAUUACAUUCUUGACCCUUUUAACUCCCAUUAGUGAUCAAGGUAGAAUUUCUCCACACAAUAUCGAUGCAAUAUCAAGCAGACAAGUGAUGAGAAUAAAGAAAAAAUAUAAAUGAGGGAAUUAUUACUUGAUUCAUUACCAACUUCUCCGAACUAGCCUUAAGAACCGUAGGACAGACUGUAAGGAGAAUUGCUUAUGAGAUCUUGGGGGUGAUAGGUUUAAACUGAUACCUAGGACUGAGAAUAAGAGUUUCAGUACCUUGCAUAACGUGGUGUAUAGAUUGGGUUGAACUCGGUGACUCUUAGAAAAUAGUUUUAUGUUGUCUUGGAGUAUAUUGGUAUUCGUUAGAGACGCCAAAGGCGUGGUUGCUGAGCCGAGUUUGUACAAGUUUACAAAGCGAUCAAUGAGGAAUUUCGGAUUUCUAGUAGAAUUACCAGACAUAAAGUUGAUCGAGAGGGUUACUUUGCUUGUAUCACACUUGAAAAAUUCCUGCAAAAUCAAUUCAGAAAUAUCUCGUGACGAGGAUUACAUUGACGUCAUUAUGGCCGUGCGGUUUACAUCAACAGCAAUAUGCAUGAGCAAUUUCGCUCUAUGCUAACCCCCUCUCGUGCGUUAAACAAGGUUUUCUAGCGUGUUUCUGGGGAUAAACUCGUGUCGUGAUCGUGCAGUAAGAGCCACGUAGCGUGAUCAAACAGGUAUGUUCUUGUUGAUCAUUAUUUAAAUGCGCUAUGUCUUCUUCUUCCUUGAUUUUAGAUAUAACUGCUUUGUAAGUCGAACUGAUGAAUUUGCAUACAGGGGGCUUUCAUUUUAAAAGUCAGUUUGAUCAUUUGAUUUAACGAGUUUGAUCGAUUGAAAAGGAAACCCACGAAUGUUACUUUGUCUUGUAAGAGUUUGUUUAACUUGAUCAGUCAUUGUUACAGAAUUUCAGUUGAAGACCCAGUGAGUGAUUUUCAUCGCUUAAAUAUUACGAAUUCUUAUUCAAACGAAUGUUAUUCCUCUUUAAAAGUAUUCGAGCUCUAUGGUUGCAUAGAUAAAUCAGCAAAAUUUUCACUUCCUUAUGGGAAAUACAUGUGAUGUGGUCGAGUCUCGUUAAUUGGGCCGUCCAAGGUUACCGAUCAUUCAACUUGGAUCAACAUUGCUCGUGUCACAAUUGUAGAUCCCUAAGAAAUUAUUUAAAUCGUUGCGAUUGAUGUUGCUAUGACUUGUAUUAGAAGGGAAUCUUAACGAUAAGUUCCCAAAGUUUUCGUUAUUUUCUAAGGAUUAACUUGAAUCGCAUCUAUACCUAAGACAUGGAAACAUCGUGGUGCUGAUUGGCGACAACAUCAACUGGAAGCUCGGAGUCUGUGUUCGAGUCUAUGAUCAUAACUUCAUUAAUUUUGUUUAUAUAUCUCAACCGUUUCUUGUUCAUUAAAAGCCACGAUAUCCAGGCAAUUCGAGAAAUAAGUCUUAACUAUUAGACAGUGUUACUUUCACCAUGCCUAAUCUUUUUCUAGAAAUUAUUUAGUCAUUUUAGAAAAUGUAUUUGUUUUUGAAGUAUAGCUUUGGUGACUAAACCAUAUAUUUCCUCUUUGAAGGAUACGAGUUGCACACUUCUAACUGAGCCUGAUUUGUUUGUUUAGAACGUUUUAGCACUGUUAUUGACAUUGAAAAAUGUCAAAAUAGACCAGUGUUUGACAGAGAACACUCAACUAUCAUUUUACAUAAUUAUUGAACCAUAAAAGAUAUAAUAGAUACUUCUUUCUGUAAUUUUCGUUUCGGUCUUGUGUUUAUAAACCGGAGAAUAGGAAGUUUGAUCAAUAGAAAACAUUCGCAUUCCCCGACGGCUUUGGAUACAGUACCUCUACGCGUAAAUGCUGGGUUCACCUGAAAAUUGUUUGCCGGCAUUUAGCCGGAAAGCAAGAGCGACGCAUUAGAAAAACUACAAGGAUUGUAAGAUAUUUAUUUGAAAUAACGCUAGGAAAGAUUUGCAUGCCAUCAUUACCAAGAACUACAGCGACGCUAAUUUCUCUUCAUUUCAAACAAACCGAACUACGUAAUUUGGUUUCGGGUCUUCUCAUGGAAAGGCUUAUGACCUUAAGAUUUGCAGCAUAUGAGGAGAGACGGGGGAGAGGAGAUAACAGCUUAAGGAAGGGGCUUGCAAUUCUUCUCAGGUUUUUUUUUAAAUGUUUCAGCAAUCUAUCCUUUUCAUGCUCAUUUUUUAUCUCCAGAAAAAUUCGGCAUAGCAAGGUCGCACUUUGUUACUUGUUUGAAAGGAAAUCUGUUAGACGUAAAGAUGAAAUAUCAUGUUCUACGCAUGAAGAAAUGGCUCGUUCUCUUCAGCUUCCAUGUAGCUCGAAAUAAAAAGGAUGGAGAACGUGGAAAUCUUACUGUUUUUUCUUUAUUAUUAUCAUUAACGCUUCAGUAAGAGCGUUUCUUCACUCGCCUAUAAGUUUGAGGUGUCGAGAAACGCAAGCUGGGUAGUGGUCUAUUCGUGUCCUACGGCAAACUACUCCCCGACUCGUCUCAAACUUCUCAGGGGCAGAGAGGAGCUUAGAACCAAGUUUACAAACGGCAAACGGCAAAACUUGCUUUAGCUCUUUCGGCUGUUUUUUCAUCUAAGAAAAAAAGUUAAAUAUUUGGACGUUUUGUGGCUAGGGGAAAAUAUUUUGAAUUCUAUCCACUCAAGGAUUAAAAUUAAAGAACCGAAAGCAAAGGUUAAUUUUUUCCUUCGCGUUCGCCCUUUAGCAUGAAUCAAAAUCCAUGUAGGUAUUGAUACUCAAGUCGUAGAGCUUUCAUUAAUACCCGAAAAUCCAGCUGAUGGUAUCUGAGCCUGCAUUGUAUCUGCAGUAUUUUUCCUCUGUUCGAGGCUUUUAUGUUUCCGUUUUUGUGGUGAUCAAAAAAGCUUGCUUUUAUCUGUUGGUACCAAACUGCUUUCACCCUGUUAAGCCCUAAGAAUGACGUUUAUCAAUUAUUAAAGAGAUUAAAACCGACAAGGUUUGAAUACACUAUUUGCAUAGACCGUGAAUAAUAGUGUAGUAAACCGCUACCCUGCGGGAUUCUCCGAUAGGAAUGAAAUGAUGAUUUUUCCUUUGGGUCUUUGGACGUGACACUCAUCUUCGCGCUCUAGCGAAUUCACCAGAGUAGCUCUUUUUUUACAAUUAGUCCCUUAAUGCUCUCUCAAUUACAGACAUAGCAUAUCCGCAUCCAAAAUUCAGCAGCACCUAGUCCUGCAAAGAUAUCGCGAUCGUUGAAUUAAGAGCUAUUUGUUGUUGAUUUACCCACAUGAAUGACCCUUCAUUUCUGUCAUUGUUCGGGGUCGCUCUUGUUUGAAUCGAUUAUGUCUCAGUCAUUGUUAUUGUCACACUCCAAAGCAUGCGCUUGACUUCGCGCAGUGUGACGAGUUGUCAUGCAAAUUUUCGUACGUGCUUGACGCAAAGUCUGUGCUGUUCCUAUUUAUGUUGUACUGCACGGUUAUGUUGAGGAAUCAGCUCGUUCAUUAUUGAACAAUGGGGUCGUAUAUUGAGUGAGUUUCGAGUUUCUUUGCGAUACUUUUUUUAUUUAAAACGAAAGUCGGCGCGACUGCUAUAAGUUUCAUUUCACUGAAUGAUUACACGACGAUGAUUUUUCUUUCAGAAGCAGUGGGAAAAUCCGAAAAACCGAUCUUAACGCGAGCUUGAUGACGGUUUCAAGCGACGAUUCAUCGGCGACAAGUACAUCGCAGUGUGUUGUCUCUUAUCCCGAUGUCAGCUCAAGCAGGGAGGCGAAGACGAUAGCGCGGCUCAAACUGGCACUUGAACUUGUGGCUUUAGGAUUCUUGACUAUGACUGUGCUGUUUAUUUGGCAAAUCACGAAGAAACGGCCCGAUGCUACUGUGCAAGUGAGUCUUAAAUUUUACAAAAACUGACGAAUUGAAUAUUCAAUUUAGAUACCUGUUUUAUUUAGCUCUCGAGUCUUUCUUUAAGUUCUCGAUUGAUUCUUGGCAGAGAUUUGUUUACAUGUAUAUCAUGUUGCCUACAGGUUUCUGAUUGGCUACGCUCGAGUGCGCCGUAGAAUCUAAACGGCUUCAAAAGGUGCAGCAUGUGCUAAACUCUUCGGUCCUAGCAAGUUCUUUCUGUGCUGGAAAAGUAUAGAUAAAGAACUUAGUUUACGGUCUGACAUUUCAAACCGGCCAUUUCCUAAAUGUAAAAAAAAAAAAAAAAAAUAUGGACUCGAAGAGGUAUUAUGUAAUGAACUUUGCAUAAUACCUUUUACUGAGUAAAUUAAGAGUGAAACACAGAUACAUAUUUUUUCUUACUUUCAAAGUAAGGCUCUUCCUGAACCUCCUACAUCUAUGAAAAAUUUAUAUCAAACAUAUCUGUAUGUAAAUUUUAUUUACGCAAGUAUCAUUUUUUGGAAAUAGUCCUGAUUUGUAUACUUCUUAUGACGUUUUUAAUGUUUACAUAGUUGGUAUUCGUCUAUUUUUCGUAUGGGCACACUUUAUUUGGAUCUUCGCUCUGUUUUGUGUCCCGCACCUUCGUUCUUACGACCUCUUCAAAUGUGUCUCUUUUACCCAGUCUUAUUUUAGCACUGUGAUCAUGGUGAAAGCGAUUGAAUAAAUGAUAAAUUAAGGUGUUCUAAGGUAGCUGCAGAGAAGAUUGUAUUAUUGAAUCUAGUCAUACUCCUUUUUAAUGGAAAUCAUGUCAGUUUUACGUACCGAAGGAAGUCCUUAAUCACUGCUACACAUUUUCUUUGGCAGAACCCAGUUGAUCCAUCAACGACUCAGGUAAGCAGACUGAUUGAAUAUAAAGUAGUUAAUUUACAAUGUCAUUUCCUCGCUGCAAUGCACUGUUUCUUGAUUUUUUAAAAUUUACCACCAACGCUAUCCCUGACCAUAUUGCAUGGAAACGCGCCAAAUUUCUGUCCAAAUGCUUUUCAAUGCUUUUGUCUUACCGUGGGAAAUGCAAUGGCUAAAUGGCUAAUAUUGGCCAGACUGAUUGAGAGUGUGGAACCCUCGUUAGAUUGGACUACUUUUUGGACUAUCUUGUGAACCACUACAAUUUCUGUCAAGUAGGAGCUUAAGUAACCUUAUGCAUUCAGGAAGAAAAUGCCGAGGAAAAUGUCGAUUGAAAAAUGAAUAUAUAUUUUUAGUUAGAAUUUGGCGAAUGGCUGGAUGUGUUUUCCGUCUCUCACGGCGCCACACCUUGAUUUCAGCAUGACGUAUGUGAGCAGCGUUGAGUUUUAAUUGGAAAUUUGAAUAAUUUGCCGUCGGAGUUUUCAGUCAUAGACGACCCAAAUUUUGGUGAUUUCCCGUUGUUGUUUUGUAGAAGACGGCAAAGAAAUGUACAAAGUUUUAAAACGCACGUGCUGAGUUAUUGCUCUGACAUUUGUUCUUUUGUUUUGCUACGUCCUCGAUCGUUGCCGUCGCACUCGUAUUUUGCUGAAGGUCCCUAUUUAUUGAUACAAGCAUUACGUAAUAUUCGACAUCGCCGAAAAGCAAGGACUGCUCGUGGUCUACGCGUGCAGCAGUGUUUUUGAAACACACCGACAAAAAGCAGAUUUAGACAUGCCUAGUUUCGGUCUAUUAAACGCAAACAAUACCUUUCACACUUAAUCCCGAAGUAGUGAGUUUGGCUAGGGUACUGAACUUAACAGUUGUUUACGUCUUUUUGCGUCACCAAGAUUUCAUCAUUUUUUCUUUGUCUCUUUUUCUUUUUUUGGUCCAGAAAUAUUUGACUUUCAAAAACUCCCCGUGCCCUAUUAUGAUCGAGAGGGCUCAACCACCAUGGGUGCUUCCUGAUGAAGUAAAGAGAGCUCUCUAUCAAGCGGAUGCCAUCUUUGGCGCCUUUGAAGGCGUCCAAGGCCUCGUGAGUUAUUUUUGUAACAUGUUGUUACGGUAUUUAGCUCUUUUAUGCUGCAGUUUGAAAUCCAAAAUACCUGACGUAAGAUAACAUUGAGACACUGACCUUAACUUACGCUUGAGUAAAUGGCUUGCCUUCUGCGCGAGAGUACGCAGGAUCUCCCUCACUAGAGAGUCGCCUCGUUCAUUAUAGAGAUAACAGACAACGAGUGGAGAACGUUGUAGAGCGAGGAGAAAGGGGGGGGGUGUUGGGGGGCUGAAUGGGAGCGGACACCUGCUGCUUCGUUUGUGAUAUUUCAAUGACGUCACCGGCGGUCAAGCUUGUGAACUGAAAAAAGUAUCAUAAUCGGUUCUUUUUUUGUAGAGUUUUAGUGUUCUCGGACUGGGUAAUUGACUGAAACUUGCAUGUAUCGCGUUUAAUAGGCGCUUUGAUCAUCGUUUCGCAAGUAAAGUUGAUUCAUAAUGCUGCUGAAGAGCUCCAGUUUUCAAUAGAAGCAAGGAAAGACCACAAUAACGAGGGAUUCCUUUCCUGUUUUUCUGCUCCCGUCAGUUUGAAUUACGAGGGAUUGUUAAGAAUCGAGAUGAUUCAGGAGAAGAACAACAAAGUUUGUUUAUUAACUCACAACAUUACAUGUUUUGCAUGUGAUUUCUACAGGUGGGGAUGACUGCUAACGUUGUUUAUCAAGACAGUGUGAUAUGGAGAAGAAACUACGGCCUGAAAGACAAAAACCAUCCGGGGGUCUCGCCUGAUCAGGAUACGGUAUUUCGAGUUGCCAGUAUCACUAAAAUAUUUACAGUAAGUAUUCUUCUGUCAUGGAAACUGUAGCUUAAAAUUCAGAUCGGAUGAUUAUUGAUCAUUUGAAUUAUACAGUAUAUUGAUGAAAAUUAUCUUUUGACUAGUUAGCGAAUUCAGUUUAGACCGGUGUGCAUGUUGAUUUUUACUUCCAGUACAUGGAUGUUACUGAUCAAUAAUUAAUAAUUAAUAGAUCUUUUUAGUACUGAAACGCUAAUUUUCAAAAUGUCUGCCGAACGAUUUUUUUAUUGCUUGAAAGAAGUAUGUGAAGUAAACAAUUUGAUCCGAUAAUCGUAUGGGUACUGAAACAGUUAUUCUACUCAUCACUUAGAUAAAUAACCUGCAGUUUUUUUUUUGUUAUUUUUUUACUGUUCCUGCUCUUCGUGUUGUUGUUGUUUAUUUAUUGUUGUUGUUAUUGUGAUGUCGUUGUCUUAAAUGGAAUUCGUCUUUUCAUUUCUCCCAGGCUAUAUUUGUGUUCAAACUACUUGAAACCGGCGAAAUUGAUUGUUUAGACGACCCGUUAGAGAAAUACGAACCCAGAUUUCAAGUUAAGAAUUCUUUCAAUCAACAAAAAAUAACAAUCAGGUGAGUUGGACGUGAUGCUGAAUUCAAAUAAUAUGCAAAAAUUAAUAGAAAUUAAAAUGUCCACUAUGAUGUUUAUGAUGACGAUAGAGUAGUAAAUUGUUUGAACCCGGGGAACCCAUUGGAUUGUGAGAGAAUGUAAUCCUUAGAAGGACUGUUGUCGGUAGUGGUGACUGACGUUUCGACAACCUGAGCGGAAGUCAUGAUAGUCAACUGAAUAGUAGUUGUCAGUCAAAUAUACCAAGUCCAGUUCGUGUGAACUGAUUUGUCGGUUCAGCCGUAAUGUUAUUGGCUGUAAGACUCAAGUGGCGUAAAUUGUCUGUGAUUGGCCAGUUUCGAUCCGUCGUUGAGUGGUACUGUUUGGUUCGUUUGUGGUGUUGAUUCGCGAAUAAGCCGUUGGUAUGGGGAUCACUAAUGAUCAAUCCCAAAGAAAAAGCUCUCAUAACGUUUGUCUUUGUGCUUCUCUAUAGGCAAAUUUUAGCCCACACCUCAGGCCUCCCGCGGGAGGUUCCAUGCAGUGACGCCUACUCAUACGGUAAAACUCACGUGUGUCCUGUUAACAAUACGUACGUCCUAGAACAACUGAGUAGAACUGAACUAAAGAAUCCCCCUGGAAGACUACCACACUACAGGUAAGAAAGAGAAAAACGGAAUCUGCCAAUGUGUCUUAAGAGUAUACAGACUUAUAAAGUUAAGAUUUAUUGGUCAGAGUUUCACUUCAAUCUCUGCCAAAAGUGAUGGCCAAGAGGAUUCUUGCAUGACGGUCGGUUAAUGUUGAGUUGAAAGAAGUGCAUCUUCCAACUGUAUUUUAAAGGGACACGCAUGUAUAGAAGUAAUAGAUCAUGUUAGGGAAAUCUCCCCUCCUGAUUGUGGGAUUCCUUCGUGUCAGGCACUUAACGCAUACCAUCGUCCUCUGGGGAUAGAAAUGAGAGAAUAAUCUUCAUUUCGCAUUUUGAUUUCUCUGUUUUACUGAAUGUUACACUACAGUGUUAAACAAAUGCAAAAUAAAUUUAAUCAUGCAACACAACUCAACGCAAUAGAAGACAAUUGGAUAUCACGUCUCCAUUCGAAUCCGUGGAUAACGGUGGUUAUUUUAUAUAGAAAAUCAGUUCUCGUAUAUCUUUUCUUAUAGGAAACCAAAUGGUCUCCAAAAAGUCCAAUGAAUUGAUUUUGUUUUUCAGCAACUUAGGCUAUGCCUUAAUUGCUCGGAUUUUUGCGGAGAAAUUUGCAAACAGCGACUACGAGGGCUGGGUGGAGAGAAAUAUUUUCCAGCCACUAGGAAUGGGGAAAACUGGAUUCAACCUCAGAAGGUAUUUGAGCUAUACUUAGGCCGGUGUUUCUGAAACAAAACAAACACAUAACCAAAGCAAAGGAGAAAACAAGAUUAAGUAUUCUGCAUUAUCAACCUCAUGGGAAAGUUCUCUGAUUUUUCAAUCGCUGAGGCCUCAUUAUCGGCUUGCAACUCGGUUAGCGGAUUGAUUUUUGUCAUUUAUUCUGCUCAGAAUGUCCUCUAACAAAGCUGUGGGCUACGAUGACGAUGGUGAGGCUCCUCUGGUUGACUGGGAUUGGGCCUCGCCGGCAAUCCAAGCAUACUCGACAGCAAAUGAUCUUUAUAAGGUUUGUGAUUUGACAUUACUUUUUUUCACGUUAUGAAGCAACGCUAACAUUGAUGUGGAAUGAGUUUACCUAGAGGAACGCGGUGUCCUGGAGACUAAUGACGACAGCCGGGUUGAGUUGAACAGGUUUAAGCCCCAGAUUAGAUUUUCGGUGUUUAUGUACAUCGUCAAACUACUGGCCGAGUUUUUUCAAGCACGAUUAGCACUUAUCUAGGGUUAAAUACCAAGGCAAGGUUGAAAAUCUUGUAUACAGAUAAACUGGGUUUACAAGGUAAUUUGGUGUCAUCAACGUAAGUCGAUCCAAUUGAGUUGAUAACGUUAAUUGGCCACUGUGAAAAGUCUUUAAAGCUGACGUUUCGAGCGUUAGCACUUCGUCAUUCGCUCGGACGCUCCCCGACGCAGCACCACAGUUUCUUUAGAAACUUCCCCCCUUUAUUAGUUUGGGUUUAGUUUUUUCGAGUUUCAUAUUAGUUAUCACGUAAUCGUAAUUCAGGCAACAGUUACCCUUUUUUGACGUUUUUAUUGAAGUGUGUUAUUUCUCUGUACAGUUAAUGACGUUUUUACUUGGCACGUCAAGCACAUCAAUAUUAACACGAGAAUUGGUACAGCAAUUGAUGAAGCCAGGUCUGUGGGUAUAAUAGCUUUGAUAUUUUCAUAUCUUUAGGAACAAAAGUCGUCUAACGACUCAAGCAUAGUGAAUAUAAAUCAUGAGAUACCUCAUGAAAGAGCCUGGUUUUGUUCUCUGCAGACACUUCGGAGGAGAAAGGUUCUUCUUCCAUGCAAUGCGUCGUUCUAAAGUGUAACCAUGUUGGUCAUGCAUUUACAGUUUGUCGUAGCCCUUAAGGCGAUCUGUGCAUUCUUCCUCAGCAGUGAAAAAUGGGGAAAAUGAGAAAAGCUAUUGAAAUAAGAAGUAGGAGGCCAAACCUGAUGCCUGAGUGAACUCAGCCAGCUAUCUUCUGUCCAUUUGCCUUAACUUGCAGAUUUCAUGUACCCGGAUGGUAGCACUGUGUUUGGGACUGGCUGGGAGAUUAUCGACGCUGGUACAUAUUCAGUUGUGACAAAGUCAGGAUUUGUUCCGGGAUAUUCUGCUGGAUUUGCAUUUGUACCAGAAUUUAAACUUGGUUGGUAAUUCGUACUUGAUAGAUGCUGUCUUAAAAUUGUUUUCUUUGAGGAAUUUAUCUUAGAACUGAAGUUUUAGUAGAACAGUAGAACACGACUUAACUCCUCAUUGACUCUCUGUAAUACUUUUGUUUUUGAUUUUCACCCUCUAAUGGUUCUUUGGUUUUUGUUUCUCUACAAUCAAUUUAGAUGCACUUUAACUUUUGCGUUUUUUUACCACUCUGCCAUUGAUUUUGACUAGCUAAACAGUUGGAACCCCUGUGUUAGUUACACCUCACCAAACAAGCGAUUGAUACACAUGUUUUCCUAUUUCUAUUUCGCUUUCAUUGUUUGUACUAGUCUAACAUUCAUGCAAGACCCAGCUUUUUUUCAAUCUAGGCACAAGUUCGUCUUUCGGAUGAAUGUUAAUCUAUUUUCUGAAAAGAUCUUUUCAGUUUAGCUGGUAAGCCAGCAAUCGUAUCCUUUAAAUGUUCUCAUUUUUGACGCUGCUAUCUUUAAAAUACAUUUGCAGGCGCAGUUGUCCUUGUCAGCGGUCGUGAAGUCGCUUGGAGGCUAGUGCAUUCGAUUGUUCAAACUUUGGCCAAAACGAUGGAUGCAGUGUUAUUGCGUCAACAGUUGCAGGUAAACCAACUCUUAAAUCUGUUGUGAAAACAGUGCUGUCAAUACGUCAAAGGUGUACGUACGCUGUAGCAUCUCGAAACAAACUGAUUUGCGAAUACAUUUUAAGUUGUAAAACGUUGUUGUCGUCACACGUUUAUAGCAAAUAUUUGCAAUGACAUACGCUGUUGUUUUACUUUUAAUGAAAAUGUAUAACCGACGGUUGGUUUGUUUCUGAAGUUUUUUCAUCGUUUUAAUUAAUUCGUAAAAGGACUUUGUGUCGUCCAAUUCUGUCUGUGUCAUACUUGUUAUUAACAGAUCGGACCAGCGCUUCUUGGUCGUCUGAUUUUGUAAAUCUCUUGUCUGAUUGCAAACCCGAUUGGACUCCACUCAGUCCCAUGACCAUAACUAAUUAGAAACAUUUUCUGUUAAAAGUAGUUAACUUAGUAUGACUUUUCUUUGUAAUGUUCUGUAGAUCCAGCUCCUUCCCAAUAACGAACAGUACCUUGGGGAAUACCGGAUUGUCUCUCAUUGGAUGCCGGAAGUAAUUGUUAACAUAACGGAAAAUGACGGACUUUUGCUCUUCACCCAACUUCCGGGCUCCUUUGGUUUUUCCUAUCUGAAACCCAUCACGGACCACGUGUUCGAGGUAAUUUACAGAGCUGGAUUGGAUUGCAUGACUUAUGGAUUGGGACAGAAUCGAGAAAGGGUGUCUUUCGAUCCGCCGUCCGCUGAUAAAAAGAGUCCUGGUCUUAGGUUUGGCCCGUUUAUAUUCAAACGAACGUUCCCUGUACAUAAUAAUGUCUUAAAACCAAGGACGUCUGGUUCACAUCUCGCGCCAUCAAGUCUACUCUGAUAGAUUUCCGUGAUAGUAGUUUUUCAAGUUUUUAACGUAAAUAUCAUCAGUAUACACCACACAGGUGAAUAGUUCUUUUAGCGCGCGCUGAUUGGCUAGUUCGGAAGUAAAUAGCAAGUGUUAUUCUCCUCCGAGCAUCUGAUGAGACAAAAUUGCGCGUCAAGGAUUUAAUUUGCGACCAUUUUUCGGUAUGUUGUAAGAUACAUUAUAUCAGAUAUUUUGUAUCUGUGUGGCAUACAGUACAUACCUUGGUUUCUGUGACAGUGGCGGAUAUUUACCGAGCCGCGAAGCGGCUCAGUAAAUAUCCGCCACUAUUCACCUUCACUUUGGUGAAUAAUUGUUAAUUGCUGUGGACAGUUUGCCUCUAAAGACAGAUUUUCAAUUUUAUUUCAAUGCGUUUUCUUGGCAUCCAUACGCUCGCGCCAUAUUUGAUCUAGGAAUUUCCUCAAAGCUUAUAAAUAUAUUUAAGAGUCUGGCAAUUUAUCUCUGUCUUCUUCCGAAUAAAUUAGACUAUUUAAUAAAUGUAAGUAUAAUUAUUACGGGUACCAAUUUACCCAAACCGAAUUAAAAUUGAAAUCGUC